AUGGAUUUUGCUUCUAACGUAUCUUCCAUUCAUGGUCAUGUUCAUGAGAAUCUACAAGUCUAUUAUGCUAAGUAUAAAGCAAGUGCUGAUCACCACGGCCGUGAUGUUCAUUUUCAAGUUGGAGAGUUCAUUUGGGCCGUGUUCACACGCGAUUGUUUUCAUCUAGGGGAAUAUAACAAGCAUAAGUCUUUUGGUCCAAUGGUGUGGAACGAAACUCUAGCGACGUAUGCACAGAGCUACGCAUACGAACGAGCGAGAGACUGCGUCAUGAAGCAUUCGUCGGGACCUUACGGUGAGAAUCUUGCAGCUGGUUGGGGAACGAUGAACGGUCCUGUCGCAACAGAGUAUUGGAUGACGGAGAAGGACAAUUACGAGUAUGCCACUAACACAUGUGAUGGUGGUGAGGGUGUUUGUGGACACUACACUCAGAUCGUGUGGCGUGACUCAGUCCGACUUGGUUGUGGCUCGGUUAGGUGUAAGAAUGAUGAGUAUAUUUGGGUGAUUUGUAGCUAUGAUCCUCCGGGGAUUUAUAUCGGUCAACGUCCUUAUUAAUGAUUCUGGUUUCAUAACGAAUUAAAAAGAUACUAUGUGGUAACUUUGUUUCU